CACUAGAAGGUGUCCCGUUAUCAGCCUAAGAAUGUUUCUUGUUGCGAAGUGUCUGCUCUUGUUGCUGUCAGCUUCACUAGCUGCUAGCAACUGCCCCAAGCAGGAUGUCCACCGACUUGGUUAUUGCAUAUAUAAAAUGAAAUGCUAUAACACAAUAAAAGGCGCUGCACUCGACCAGGAAUGUCAAGGUUCCAUGAAUAUCGAUGUCAUUGUCGACCUCACUCUUACAAACGUCGACCAAAACAUUAACGUUGAUGUAACUGAUACAGAUUUUCUUAUAAGUAUAACUUCACUAACAGUAAUCGGUUCAUGGCCGCAGACCAACCUCUCCUUCUUAGAGUACACGUUAAAGUUAAGAAAUUUGCGACUCCCCAACUUGGAUAUGAAGCAAAUUGACGGUCAACCCUUCCAAUAUCUAAGCCGUUUAGAUACUCUCGACUUAUCACAUAAUCGAUUAUGUGAAAUCGAUGAUUUAUUUGUUUUUGCGGAUUCAAAUAGAUUAUUGAAACUUUACCUCUCUUAUAAUGAAAUCAGCGAUGUAACCGGUUUCGUCUUUCAAGAGCUUGUCAGUCUAAUAGAACUCGAUCUAUCACACAAUCUAAUUGUAGACUUAAAGGAAGAACCAUUCAAUAACCUGUCAAGUCUGCGGAUACUUAGACUUAACGAUAAUAAUAUAAAAUAUUUAAAUGGCGCUAUUAAUAAGAAUCUUUUAAAUUUGAAACAUUUAUUCCUCAAUGACAAUGAUAUUGCUGAAGUCGAUCAGGCAACAUUGGACAAGACAAUGUACCAUUUGGAAACAAUCGAUUUGUCAAAUAACGAGUUACAUUACUUUCCAAAAUUAUUUGUCAAACAUUGGGCCCAUUUCGAAGGGCAUAUUGUUUGCAGAAUCAUUUAUGCAGGAAAUCAGUUAACGAUUAUUCGAAAUGCUACUUCUGAAGAACACAUUAUGCCUAAGAUAAAGAAGGGAUUGGUAGAUGUUACGACUCAAAUUGAUUUAUCUAAUAACAAUAUAAGCAUCAUUGAGUACAAUGCCUUCCAAUAUAUUAUAAAUUUAGUAUCUCUUGAUGUUUCAAACAACAAUUUAAACACUUUCUUAGUCAAUAGUGAGCACCUAGCAAACGUUAAAUUCCUCAAUAUAAGCGGCAAUUUCAUAACUAGAUUGGAUUUCCAAACAUUUUCGCGCAUGAAUAACUUACAGAAUCUAGAUUUAUCAAACAAUCGUUUUGAAAAUCUUCCUACCAAAAGUCUUAUGUAUGCCAAUAAAUUAAAAAGUUUAAAUUUUACCCAAAAUGAUAUACAAGAAGUGGCAAAUUUCCAUAUUAAUUUCCAUACUGAAGGAGGAAUAUUAGAUUUGUCCAGCAAUGAUUUAUACACUUUUGUAUUAGCCCCCGGAGAAGCUGACGGCCUUAUUGAAUUGAUUCUACGUUCCAAUAAAAUCAAUGAUCCGUCGCAGGUAAAGUUAAGAUAUCAUCACGCUCUUCUUAAGCUGGAUAUGAGCAAAAACUUAAUCUCAGAUUUAAACGAAAAGUCACUACAAUUACCGAUCACGCUUACUAAUCUAGAUUUAAGCUCAAAUCAAAUCGAAACUAUCAACCCAUCGUCUUUCUAUUGUGUACAACAUUUGCAUACUUUGAGAUUAUCCCACAAUAAUUUGAAAAACAUCAAUCAUGGAGUGUUUCGUGGACUGACGUCUCUGGUGAAUCUCGACCUUUCAUUUAAUCAAAUUGCUUCACUCGACUCAGCGGUUUUACUCGAUCUGAAGUACCUCAAAUUCCUCUCACUCAGAUACAAUCAUAUGUACAGUCUGGAAAGUAAAGCUUGGCUCAAUCACAAAACAGAUCUUAUAGUUUACAUUGAUGGAAAUAAUUUGUCAUGCGAUUGGUUGUCAAAUGUACUGACUGAUUACAAUAACGGUUUUUCGAAAAUGCAUCCGGCUGUUAUAAAUUCGCCAAUGGAUGAAAAUACGUUUAAUGGUAUACCUUGUAUUGCGGGUCCUAAAAACCUUUACCGAAAAUCCAAGACUGGAGACGAUGACGAGCAUAUGAUAAUGGAUGAAAGGCUUCUAUUGACGAGUCAAAAAAUAUUGGAAGCUGUCAGGGAACAGACUUCCUUUUUAAGAAAAUAUAUUUGGCGUUCCGUUCUGAACGAGGCAGACAAACAAGAUGGCACGCGAGCUAACAUGGUUUAGUUUACUUAUUUGUUUUGAAAAACUUAUUAAGAUUGUAUCCAGUGUUUAACGUGUAUAACGUUUGUUACUUUUAAGACUUGUAUUUUCAAAUAUUUCAAUUCAAUUUUCAUUUUUUUCAAUAAAAUAAAAGUUUUAA